CCGGAUACUUCCGAAAUACCGGAUAAUUCGGACUUGAAAAAUGCGAUUUCGCGGGCAAUUGACGGCAGCGUCGUUCCCGAUCUUGAUGGAAGUGUCCCAGUUCAUGCAUCGAGUGAGCAGCUCGGACACGUGCUUCGUGAUGCUGAACGAGGAGCGCAUGUCCUUCGCGAUGAAGACCAGCGGGGAAGACAUGCAGACGUUCGUGCACUUGAGCGUAGCCAAGCUAUUUGCCGACGUCGUCGUGGAAAGUCGCGCCGACAACAACAUUGCAUUUGCUCUUGGGAUCGCAAACUUUUCAAGGGCGCUUCAAUCGGGCAAGGACGCUAGCGGCGUCAUGCUGCGCUUGCUCAAACGCGAUGGACGUUCGUUUCUUUCCCUACGGGCUCGGACAGUGGACCUCGACAUCAUCCAAAACAUUCCCAUUGAAGUCGUGUCCAUGGCGACCGCAGAAAACUACCGUGAACCCAACAUUCCGCCGCCCACUGUCGCGCUGGAAAUGCCACCGCUUCGCGCGUUCCGCACCAUCACCGAUCGCCUCAAAACCAUGCAAAAGUACCUCCUCGUGCGUACGAUUCCGCCACGCCAUCACUGUUUAAUGCACAUUAUGCACAUAGAUCCAAGCUGGGAUGGACGGCACCCUUCGACUUCGCGUGCAAAGCGAUACGUUUGUGUUGCAGACAUUGCACACGAACUUGCGCUGUCGACCCGAUUUGGUAGAGCGUCCAAGCAGUGACGACAUUGUGGAUGACGAAGCAAGCGACGACAACGCCGCGUCGUCUGUGCGAGUGGACGCGCGGCACGCGUCCAAGAUGCUAUCGGUGGACGGAAAUGCUGUGCUCUCCGUGCUAUGUUGUUUGAUCGACCAACAAGCACUGGUGAUCCAUGCGAUUCUCGUGGACCAGUUUGGGUCGUUUACGUGCUACGUGCCUGUCGUGGCCAUGCAUUGAGCUCAAACGAACCAGCGACAGACGACAUAACGAACGAACGACGCAUGCUAUUUACCUAUAAAAGUUAGUUGACGGGCUUGAUGGCGGACUUUGGUGUGCAGUGAUAAGAUAUCAUAUUAAGCAGUGCUCGAAUUGUUUGGCC